CAUUGCUCCUCAUGCGCCGCCGCCGCACCCAAUCCCCUACCCACAGUUGCCGCCUCCCCAGAGGGCGGAAAGCACCGUUUAACUACCCCACUGGCACAUGUAAACGUAGAUUGCGUUUCCAUUUUCCACGUGCGCUGAAGGUGCAAUCACGCGCGUACAUCGGCGCGUAGGGUUUAAUUACCUUCUCCUCUCUCUCGACACAGAGCCUACACCUGGGGGAGAUUCCCCCACAACUUUGCUUCGGAGGACAGUCUCGUAUUUUCACCAUCAUCUCCUCCAUUUCCAAAAACUCGACUGAAACCUUUUCCCUCUCACAGAGAAUCGGAUACGACGGUCGUAUUUGCUAACCUGCGCCGGGUCACUCUAAGUGCACCACGCACCGCUGCCUCUCCAAUGAGGCUCCGAUCUCCUACAGCCCUCGCACUGCCCGUUCUUUUUCUCUGCUUUUUCGCUACUGUCCCCACCGAGUCCGCCGAGUCGACUCAGUCGAACUCGGUGGCAGUGGCCGAGGGGGAGACCAAUGCCGAGUCGAAUAACUCGUCGCGCGGUGGCGAGGAGGACAGCUUCGCCGACAUGAUUGAUCGGGCUCUGGAGCGGGAGUUUCCAGAGAACGAGCAAAAUCAAGCCGAGGAUGCUGGCGGCUUCAAUAAUAGCGUUGCCGAACAGCAGGCAGUUCUGGAAACCGUUGCUAGAGUCAAGUCCAAGAAGAAUGACAGCAAGGAGGAGAAGUCAUUUCAGUUUCAUGAUGUUUUCCAUAAUGAGAAUGGAGAAGAAGAUAUGCCAACAUUAAUAGAUCGAAAGGACAAUAUCUUUAUUAUGUCCAAUCGCAAGUCAAAAUACCCUGUGCUGCAAUUGGACUUGAGAUUGAUUUCGGACCUGGUAGUUGUCAUUGUUUCUGCAACUUGUGGUGGAAUUGCAUUUGCCUGUGCUGGACAACCAGUUAUUACUGGAUACUUGCUAGCAGGAUCUGUUAUUGGACCUGGAGGCUUGAGUUUUGUCAGUGAAAUGGUGCAAGUUGAGACUGUGGCUCAGUUUGGGGUGAUCUUUCUUCUUUUUGCGUUGGGUUUGGAGUUCUCAGCUGCUAAGCUUCGGGUUGUUCGAAUAGUGGCUGUUCUGGGAGGUCUACUGCAAAUAUUCCUAUUUAUGUGCUUGUGUGGAAUAACAGCCUUGUUAUGCGGUGGGAGGCCUUCAGAAGGGGUAUUUGUUGGUGCAUUUCUUUCUAUGUCUUCGACAGCAGUGGUUUUGAAAUUCUUGAUGGAAAGAAAUAGUAUCAGUGCUCUUCAUGGUCAAGUUGUAGUUGGCACUCUUAUACUGCAGGACUGUGCUGUGGGUUUGCUAUUUGCUCUGCUUCCAGUUCUGGGUGGGACUUCUGGUAUUCUUCAAGGAGUAAUAUCCAUGACUAAAUCGCUGGUGGUUUUGCUUAUGUUUUUGGCCAUCUUGUCCAUAUUAGCACGUACUUGUGUACCAUGGUUCCUGAAGCUUAUGAUAAGCCUAUCUUCUCAGACAAAUGAACUGUAUCAGUUGGCAUCAGUGGCGUUCUGCUUACUAGUUGCCUGGUGUAGUGAUAAGCUGGGUUUAAGCCUUGAACUGGGUUCCUUUGCGGCUGGAGUGAUGAUAUCAACAACUGAUCUUGGUCAGCAUACGCUGGAGCAAGUUGAACCCAUUCGCAAUUUCUUUGCUGCUCUUUUUCUCGCCAGCAUUGGGAUGUUAAUACAUGUUCAUUUCCUUUGGAAUCAUGUUGAUAUUUUAUUAGCAGCCGUUAUAUUGGUAAUCAUUGUAAAAACUGUAGUGGUUGGUUGCGUGGUCAAGGGAUUUGGAUACAAUAACAAGACUUCCCUUCUUGUCGGGAUGUCUCUUGCGCAAAUUGGAGAAUUUGCUUUCGUUCUUCUAAGCCGUGCUUCUAAUCUUCAUCUAGUUGAGGGUAAGUUAUAUCUAUUGCUUCUAGGCACAACAGCUCUCAGUCUGGUCACUACGCCAUUGCUUUUCAAGAUAAUUCCUGCUGUUGUCCAUCUUGGUGUGUUGCUGCGGUGGUUCUCCCUUGAUAGCCCGAGUGAGAUUGGAUUUAAAGGAGAUAGCUUUCGCUCAGACAGUGCUAAGCGUUUUGCUAUGAUGCUCCACGGAUCUCAUGAUUUAUGACACAUGAACAAUGAACCAGAAAAUGCACAUUUCAGCCUUCACCCGAUGGGGUUGUUAUACUCUGGAGGACAGGUAAUGAAGAGUGCAAACGAGGUCGACUGACUGAAAAUGUUUCUAAACUGUAAAGCCCUUCAAUUGAAACUUUCCAUGCAUCUUAUGAUUAAGCAAGAGUGAAUCGUAUCACCGAUUGAGACCGGGAAAAUGAGAGCACGCCGGAUGGUUCGCACGAGAAAAUUUUGUUCGUUGUGAAGUAGUGUCCAUUUUGUAAUGUAAAUCAUUCCCUCCCCCUUCUUUCCGAGGUUGAUUAUUUUUUUGUUUUGUUUUUCCAUUUUUCUUGUAUUUUUUCUUCCCUAGUUUAGAACCAGUGAUGUUCCCUAACUCAAAUGUAUCAUGGAUUUGUUUAUAAUAAUACCAUAGUUUUUCUUUCA